AUGUCUAAGAAUGCAAAUCGUCAACAAGCGUUUAGUGGAAAUAAUCGAUCAACUGAAGUUUCAACGGGUGGUCGAACACUAAAAAUUAUUUGGAUUAUUCUGGCCGUGAUAAUCAUUUUAGCUAUAUGUGCAGCUAUCGCUGUUCCAAUUGGACUUAUACUAACAAAAAAUAAUUCAGCUUCAGCUUCAACAAGUUCAAAUACAUCGAUGACAAAUACUACUGCUACGAAUAGUACCAACGUAACUACUACUACUGUUUCGACUACUAUCAAUAUGACAACUACUAUCAAUGGGACUACUACUAUUGCUACGACUUCUACAACCACAGCAUGUAGUUAUAUAUUUACAAAUGUAGCUUCAUAUUCAUACUCAGCACCAGUCGGUAUUGCCACUGCUGAUAUUAAUAAUGAUGGUAAAUUAGAUAUAGUUGAAACAAAUACUGGUACGAAUGAUGUUGGUGUACUUCUUGGAACUGGUAAUGGAACUUUUACAGCAUCAGGAUCAUAUUCAACUGGUUCUGGCACUUAUCCUCGGGCCGUUGCUUUUGGUGAUUUUAACAAAGAUAAUCAAUUGGAUAUAGUUGUUGCCAAUUAUUUCACAGGAAAUGUGGCUAUUCUACUUGGAGAUGGUACUGGAGUCUUUGGUACAGCAACACUUUGUACUAUAGCUUCCAAUCCAUAUGCAGUUGCUGUUGGUGAUGUAAAUGGUGAUACUUGUCCAGAUAUUGCUGUUGCAAGUCAAAGUGCUAAUAGUAUAACUAUAUUGUUAGGAAAUUGCAGCGGAGCUUUUGGUGGUUCUGGAACAGUAAAAACAAUAUCAACUGGUUCUGGUUCUAAUCCACAGUCCGUUGCUUUUGCUGAUUUUAAUAGCGAUGGUCGAUUAGAUAUGGCAGUUGCCAAUCAUUUAACCGAUACUAUGGGCAUAUUUCUUGGUUAUAGUAAUGGAACCUUUUCAGCUCAAACAACAUAUUCAACUGGUAGUGGUUCUAAUCCGAAUAUGCUAACUAUUGCUGAUUUUAAUCUAGAUGGUAAAUUAGAUGUUGUUGUUGUCAAUGCUUUUGUUAGUUACUCCUGCAUUUUCUUUGGGUAUGGCGAUGGAACUUUUAUGGCACAAACACAAAUAGCAACCACUUAUUUUUCAGAGGCAGUUACUUCUGCUGAUAUUAAUAAUGAUAAUAUACCAGAUCUUAUUUGUGCUCAUAAUAGUAUCGGUAAAAUUGGUAUAGCUCUUAACAAUGGUAAUGGAACAUUUGCAUCAGAAUUAUUUACAGCUACCCCCGGUGGAGGACCAAUUGGAAUUGUCUGUGGUGAUUUUAAUAGUGACAGUAAACAGGAUGUUGCCAUUACCGAUGCUUACAGUGGUGCUGCUAAAAUUUUCUUAAAUCCAUGCUAA